ACAGAGGAAGAUUUAUGUUUCUGUCUAACGUAGUUUGUUCUUCCGACCAUUUUAAGCGGUCGAUCAUUAUCUCAAAGCUUGGGGGACACAGCAACGGUAUGCAAGAAAGGCGUGGCUUCUGUGCUUUUCCUGGAAACAUUGACGACAAUUGUUUUCAUGGAACACCGUGGCGUCACAUGAUUUCACAAUGGCGUACGUGGGAGACUCGAAUGCCCCAGUUAUGCUGGUGAAGAAGGUCCAGUUCGGAAUAUUGGGACCAGAUGAGAUUAAGCGAAUGUCUGUGACCGAGGGGGGCAUCAGAUACUCCGAAACCCAGGACGGUGGUCGACCCAAGAUCGGCGGCCUGAUGGACCCACGACAAGGAGUUAUGGACAGAAAGUCCCGAUGUCAGACCUGUAGGGGCAACAUGGCAGAAUGUCCCGGACACUUUGGGCACAUUGAGCUUGCCAAACCAGUAUUUCAUGUUGGAUUUCUUGUGAAAACAAUCAAAGUGUUGCGAUGUGUCUGUUUCUUCUGCUCCAAGAUGCUGGUGGAUUCCACUGGUCCCAAAAUAAAAGACAUUCUCAACAAAUCCAAAGGCCAUCCUCGCAAGCGAUUUGCUCACGUGUAUGACUUGUGCAAGAGUCGGAAUAUUUGUGAAGGUGGUGAUGAAAUGGACAAACGAAAUGAAGAGGAGGAUCCAACAGGAGAAAAGAAGGGCCAUGGUGGGUGCGGCAGAUAUCAACCCAAACUGAAGAGAACUGGUCUUGAGGUGGUUGCAAAAUGGAAAAAUGUGAAUGAGGAGUCCCAAGAAAAGAAACUUAUUCUGUCAGCAGAAAGAGUGCUUGAAAUCUUCAAAAGAAUUUCUGAUGAAGAGUGUAUGAUUCUUGGAAUGGACCCAAGGUAUGCUCGUCCUGAUUGGAUGAUUCUGACAGUGUAUCCUGUGCCGCCAUUGGCUGUGAGACCAGCUGUUGUCAUGUUUGGCUCGGCAAGGAAUCAGGAUGAUUUAACUCACAAGUUGGCUGACAUAGUGAAGGCCAACAACCAGCUUCGACGUAAUGAACAGAACGGAGCAGGAGUUCACAUCAUAACUGAAGACACAAAGUUGUUGCAGUACCACUGUGCCACACUGGUAGACAACGAGCUGCCCGGUUUGCCCAGGGCGGUACUAAAGUCAGGCCGUCCCCUGAAGUCAGUAAAACAAAGAUUGAAGGGAAAGGAAGGUCGAGUUCGAGGAAACUUGAUGGGAAAGCGUGUGAACUUCUCUGCACGUACUGUCAUUACGCCAGAUCCCAAUCUGAGAGUGGACCAAGUUGGUGUUCCCAGAACCAUUGCACAGAACUUAACAUUCCCAGAACUUGUCACACCAUUCAACAUCGACAGGAUGCAGGAGCUAGUACGUCAUCGUCGUCGUCGUGAUGCCAAUCAGUAUCCUGGAGCCAAGUACAUCAUCCGAGAUAAUGGAGAGAGGAUCGAUCUCAGGUUUCAACCCAAGUGGUCAGAUCUCCAUCUUCAAGUUGGCUACAAGGUGGAGAGACACAUGCAAGAUGACGACGUGGUCACCAUCAACCGACAGCCCACUCUCCACAAGACGAGUAUGAUGUGUCACAGGGUCAAAGUGUUGCUGUGGUCAACUUUCCGUCUCAAUCUCAGUGUAACCACCCCCUACAAUGCUGGUUGUGAUGGUGAUGAGAUGAACCUUCACUUAGCGCAGUCACUUGAAACCCGGGCUGAGAUUCAUAAUCUGGCUGCUGUCCCUCGUAUGAUCAUCACCCCCCAGGCCAACAGGCCUGUUAUGGGUAUUGUGCAGGACACGCUGUGUGCUGUCAGGAAAAUGACAAAGAGAGAUGUCUUUUUAGACAGAGGUGACGUGAUGAAACUGCUGAUGUUCAUGCCGACAUGGGACGGCCGACUGCCGAUUCCAGCCAUCCUCAAACCCAGACCCUUAUGGACAGGGAAGCAAAUCUUCUCCAUCGUCAUCCCUGGUCGAGUGAAUGUGACGAGGACUCACAGCACACAUCCAGAUGAUGAAGACAAAGGGCCGUACAAAUGGAUAUCUCCCGGAGACACCAAGGUCUUGAUAGAAGAUGGUGAGUUGAUCUGUGGAAUCUUGUGUAAGAAGACUCUUGGUGCCACAUCUGGAGCUCUCCUGCAUAUUGUCUUCAUGGAACUUGGCUUUGACACAGCAGGAAAACUGUAUGGUAACAUUCAGACAUGUGUCAACAACUGGCUGCUUAUUGAGGGGCACAGCAUAGGAAUUGGAGACACCAUUGCUGACCCAGAGACAUACAUAGAAAUUCAGGAGACCAUCCGUAAAGCCAAAACGGAGGUGAUAGAGGUCAUUGAAAAAGCCCACAACGAUGAGUUGAAGCCUUCGCCCGGUAACACACUGAGACAGACUUUCGAGAAUCAGGUCAAAAUAAUCCUGAACGAUGCUCGUGACAAGACUGGAAGUAAGGCUCAGAAGUCCCUGUCUGAAUACAACAACUUCAAGGCUAUGGUGGUGGCUGGAUCCAAAGGAUCGAAAAUCAACAUCUCCCAGGUUAUUGCCUGUGUGGGACAGCAGAAUGUGGAGGGUAAACGUAUUCCAUUCGGUUUCAAACAUCGGACACUGCCUCACUUCACCAAAGAUGACUAUGGUCCCGAGUCUCGAGGCUUUGUUGAGAACUCAUUUCUUACCGGUCUCACUCCUUCAGAAUUCUUCUUCCACGCUAUGGGUGGACGAGAGGGUCUCAUUGAUACUGCUGUAAAAACUGUAGAAACUGGUUACAUCCAGCGUCGGUUGAUCAAGGCUAUGGAGAGUGUGAUGGUCAAGUAUGAUGGCACAGUACGUAACCAGGUCGAACAACUGGUCCAGUUGAGAUAUGGAGAGGAUGGUAUGGACGCCACACAUGUCGAGUUCCAGAAUAUGCCUCCACUCAACCAAUCAAACAGAGCUUUCGAGAAGAAGUUCAAGUUCAAACCAACAAAUGAAAGGGAUUUGAGGAAGUGUUUGUCAGAGGAGGUGAUCAAGGAUGUGAUCGGUGACCCAGCUGUCAUUUCUGAGCUGGAACGUGAAUUUGAACAGUUGAGGGAAGACAGGAAUGCCCUGAGACAGAUUUUCCCCACCGGGGAUGGAAAGAUUGUGUUGCCGUGCAACCUGAUGAGAAUGAUCACAAAUGCUCAGAAAAUCUUCCGAAUCAACACAAGAAAACCAGCAGAUCUACACCCGAUCAAAGUUGUAGAAGGUGUGCGAGAGCUGUGCCGUCGACUGAUCGUGGUGGCCGGAGAGGACAGACUGAGUGUCCAGGCUAACGCCAAUGCCACCAUUCUCAUGAAGAUUUGGGUGAGAGCCACACUUUGCGCCAAACGUGUUGCCAACGAGUUCAGACUGUCUGCAGAAGCAUUUGAAUGGAUCAUUGGUGAAAUUGAGACAAAAUUCUUACAUGCUCAGGCCCAUGCAGGUGAAAUGGUGGGAGCCCUGGCCGCACAGUCUCUUGGAGAACCUACCACACAGAUGACACUGAACGCUUUCCAUUAUGCUGGUGUGUCUGCUAAAAACGUAACCCUGGGUGUACCUCGUCUGAAGGAAAUCAUCAACAUCUCCAAGAAGCCCAAGACCCCCUCCCUGACUGUGUACCUCCUGGACCAGGCAGCAAGGGACGCAGAGAAGGCCAAGGAUGUACUAUGUCGACUUGAGCACACCACGUUGCGGAAGGUGACGGCUAACACAGCCAUCUACUACGACCCCGACCCCAUGAACACUGUGAUUGUGGAGGACCAGGAAUGGGUCAGUGUGUAUUACGAGAUGCCCGACUUCGACGCGUCCAGGAUUUCAGUCUGGCUGCUCCGCAUCGAGUUGGACAGGAAGGGUAUUAGGGACAGGAAACUCACCAUGGAACAGAUCUCGGAGAAAAUCACUGCAGGUUUUGGAGAUGAUCUCAACUGCAUAUUCAAUGAUGAUAAUGCCGAAAAACUCGUCCUGAGAAUCCGAAUCAUGAACUCCGAUGAAAGCAAAAAUGAGGAAGAGGAAAUGGCAGACAAGAUGGAGGAUGAUGUGUUCCUCCGGUGUAUCGAAGCCAAGCUCUUGUCUGACAUGACCCUCCAGGGCAUUGAAGCUAUUGCCAAGGUGUACAUGCAUUUGCCAACCACAGAUGACGAGAAGCGUAUCUUCAUCACCGAUGAAGGAGAGUACAAGGCUGCUGCUGAGUGGAUUCUGCAGACUGACGGUACCGCCCUGAUGAAGGUGUUGAGUGAACGAGACAUCGACCCCAUCAGGACAUACACUAAUGACAUUGUGGAGGUGUUUGCUACCUUGGGAAUUGAGGCUGUACGAAAAGCCAUUGAGAAAGAGAUGAACCACGUUAUCUCCUUUGAUGGUUCCUAUGUGAACUACCGUCACUUGGCACUUCUGUGUGAUGUGAUGACAGCCAAGGGUCACUUGAUGGCCAUCACGCGUCACGGUAUUAACAGGCAGGAGACAGGUGCACUGGCAAGAUGCUCCUUCGAGGAAACGGUGGACAUCUUGAUGGAGGCAGCAGCCCACGGCGAGCACGACCCGAUGAAAGGUGUGUCUGAGAGGAUCAUGCUGGGACAGCUGGCCAAGAUCGGCACUGGCUGCUUCGACCUGCUCCUGGAUGCAGAGAAAUGUAAAUACGGCAUGGAGAUCCCAACAGCUGGUGGCUCAGGAAUGAUGUCAGGUGCGGGAACUGGUAUGUUCUUCGGCAGUGUGGGCAGUCGUGUCAGCGGCAUGUCUCUUCAGAUGACGCCCUGGAACCAGGGAGCCACACCCACUUACGCCAGUGCCUGGUCCCCUGGGAUUGGCAGCGGCAUGACCCCUGGUCAGGCAGGCUUCUCUCGGUCGGCUGCCAGCGAGAGUGGCUUCAGUCCCAGCUACAGCCCUGCCUGGUCACCGCAACCCGGCUCCCCAGGGUUGCGGUGGUUUCUGAGUACUAGCUACUCACCAACAAGUCUGUCAUACUCACCAUCAAGUCCUGGUUAUUAUUCACCAACUUCCCCAAAAUACAGUCUGACUUCUCCAUCCUAUUCUCCAACAAGUCCAAGCUGCAGCCCAACAAGCCCCUCGUAUUCUCCAAGCUCUCCUAACUUCAGCCCCCAGUCACCUUCCUACUCUCCGACCAGCCCAUCCUAUACCCCAACCUCCCCCCAGUACAGCCCCCAGUCUCCAGAGUACAGCCCCUCCUCCCCUCAAUACAGUCCAAGCUCACCGCAGUACUCUCCCUCCUCUCCCACCUACUCCCCAACUAGUCCGAAAUACACCCCAACCUCCCCAACAUACUCUCCUACCAGCCCCAGAUACUCCCCAACCUCACCCACGUACACUCCAACAAGCCCCAAAUACUCUCCAACAUCCCCCACAUACACCCCAACCUCCCCAACAUACUCUCCUACCAGCCCCAGAUACUCCCCAACCUCACCCACCUACACUCCAACAAGCCCCAAAUACUCUCCAACAUCCCCCACAUACACCUCAACCACACCCAAUUACUCCCCAACUAGCCCCAGAUACUCCCCAACCUCACCCACGUACACUCCAACAAGCCCCAAAUACUCUCCAACAUCCCCCCCAUACACCCCAACCACACCCAAGUACUCCCCGACUAGCCGCAGAUACUCCCCAACCUCACCCACGUACACUCCAAAAAGCCCCAAAUACUCUCCAACAUCCCCCCCAUACACCCAAACCACACCCAAUUACUCCCCAACUAGCCCCAGAUACUCCCCAACCUCACCCACGUACACUCCAAAAAGCCCCAAAUACUCUCCAACAUCCCCCCCAUACACCCCAACCACACCCAAUUACUCCCCAACUAGCCCCAGAUACUCCCCAACCUCACCCACGUACACUCCAAAAAGCCCCAAAUACUCUCCAACAUCCCCCACAUACACCCCAACCACACCCAAGUACUCCCCGACUAGCCGCAGAUACUCCCCAACCUCACCCACGUACACUCCAAAAAGCCCCAAAUACUCUCCAACAUCCCCCACAUACACCCCAACCACACCCAAGUACUCCCCGACUAGCCGCAGAUACUCCCCAACCUCACCCACGUACACUCCAACAAGCCCCAAAUACUCUCCAACAUCCCCCACAUACACCCCAACCACACCCAAGUACUCCCCGACUAGCCGCAGAUACUCCCCAACCUCACCCACGUACACUCCAACAAGCCCCAAAUACUCUCCAACAUCCCCCACAUACACCCCAACCACACCCAAGUACUCCCCGACUAGCCGCAGAUACUCCCCAACCUCACCCACGUACACUCAAAAAAGCCCCAAAUACUCUCCAAUAUCCCCCACAUACACCCCAACCACACCCAAGUACUCCCCGACUAGCCGCAGAUACUCCCCAAACUCACCCACAUACACUCCAACAAGCCCCAAAUACUCUCCAACAUCCCCCACAUACACCCCAACCACACCCAAGUACUCUCCUACCAGCCCCAGAUACUCCCCAACCUCACCCACGUACACUCCAACAAGCCCCAAAUACUCUCCAACAUCCCCCACAUACACCCCAACCACACCCAAUUACUCCCCAACUAGCCCCAGAUACUCCCCAACCUCACCCACGUACACUCCAACAAGCCCCAAAUACUCUCCAACAUCCCCCACAUACACCCCAACCACACCCAAUUACUCCCCGACUAGCCGCAGAUAAUCCCCAACCUCACCCACGUACACUCCAACAAGCCCCAAAUACUCUCCAAGAUCCCCCACAUACACCCCAACCACACCCAAUUACUCCCCAACUAGCCCCAGAUACUCCCCAACCUCACCCACGUACACUCCAAAAAGCCCCAAAUACUCUCCAACAUCCCCCCCAUACACCCCAACCACACCCAAUUACUCCCCAACUAGCCGCAGAUACUCCCCAACCUCACCCACGUACACUCCAAAAAGCCCCAAAUACUCUCCAACAUCCCCCACAUACACCCCAACCACACCCAAGUACUCCCCGACUAGCCGCAGAUACUCCCCAACCUCACCCACGUACACUCCAACAAGCCCCAAAUACUCUCCAACAUCCCCCACAUACACCCCAACCACACCCAAGUACUCCCCGACUAGCCGCAGAUACUCCCCAACCUCACCCACGUACACUCCAACAAGCCCCAAAUACUCUCCAACAUCCCCCACAUACACCCCAACCACACCCAAGUACUCCCCGACUAGCCGCAGAUACUCCCCAACCUCACCCACGUACACUCAAAAAAGCCCCAAAUACUCUCCAAUAUCCCCCACAUACACCCCAACCACACCCAAGUACUCCCCGACUAGCCGCAGAUACUCCCCAAACUCACCCACAUACACUCCAACAAGCCCCAAAUACUCUCCAACAUCCCCCACAUACACCCCAACCACACCCAAGUACUCUCCUACCAGCCCCAGAUACUCCCCAACCUCACCCACGUACACUCCAACAAGCCCCAAAUACUCUCCAACAUCCCCCACAUACACCCCAACCACACCCAAGUACUCCCCGACUAGCCGCAGAUACUCCCCAACCUCACCCACGUACACUCCAACAAGCCCCAAAUACUCUCCAACAUCCCCCACAUACACCCCAACCACACCCAAGUACUCCCCGACUAGCCGCAGAUACUCCCCAACCUCACCCACGUACACUCCAAAAAGCCCCAAAUACUCUCCAAUAUCCCCCACAUACACCCCAACCACACCCAAGUACUCCCCGACUAGCCGCAGAUACUCCCCAAACUCACCCACGUACACUCCAACAAGCCCCAAAUACUCUCCAACAUCCCCCACAUACACCCCAACCACACCCAGGUACUCCCCGACUAGCCGCAGAUACUCCCCAACCUCACCCACGUACACUCCAACAAGCCCCAAAUACUCUCCAAGAUCCCCCACAUACACCCCAACCACACCCAGGUACUCCCCGACUAGCCGCAGAUAAUCCCCAACCUCACCCACGUACACUCCAACAAGCCCCAAAUACUCUCCAAGAUCCCCCACAUACACCCCAACCACACCCAGGUACUCCCCGACUAGCCGCAGAUAAUCCCCAACCUCACCCACGUACACUCCAACAAGCCCCAAAUACUCUCCAAGAUCCCCCACAUACACCCCAACCUCCCCAACAUACUCUCCUACCAGCCCCAGAUACUCCCCAACCUCACCCACAGACACUCCAACAAGCCCCAAAUACUCUCCAACAUCCCCCACAUACACCCCAACCACACCCAAGUACUCCCCGACUAGCCCACGUUACUCAGGCCAAGGUGAGGAAGAGAGUGAUGAAGACUAGAUCUCUGCACUGGAUGACCCUGACGGAGUCCGUGUUCUGGAUCAGACUGUUAAAGUUACACUUGAAUGAUUCAGAGACUGCUGUACAAAGAGUGUUGAAGGAUUCACAAAUGUGCCUGCAACAGCCAGUGCUGGCGGACAAGAUGUGGAUCUGGGUGUAUAUUAUACAAACUGACAUUUAUAUUGAAUUUCUUGUUUUCCUGAAUAUGAGAUGCUUGUACAAGAUGUGGAUCUAGUUAUGUAUUAUUUACAAACUUUCUUGUCUGUUUAUCUGGAAAUGGGAUGUCCAUUGAAAGAAUGUAUGGAUGUUGCUGUUUCAGCAAUCUGAAGAGAAAA